AUGAGCAUCUACCGGCUCCUGUCAGAGGAUCAGAGCCCCAAGCUGCUGUCCGAGAAGAUCACCGGUGUGGGUACUGCCUUGGCCUGGUCUCCCUGCGGCCGGCGCCUAGCAGUUGGGGACCGGCUGGGCGGCAUCAUGGACUACAGCAUCACCAUCUACGAUGGCGAGACUGGGGCGGUCCUACACAAUCGUCGCUCACACGGCGUGGCGGUGGCCGCCGUGUGCUGGGUAGACGGGGACUGCGCCUGGCAGGAUCCUGCCUGGUCGCAGAUGCUGCCCCCGCUGCUGUCGGUGCCAAGUGCGCCGAGCAACAUGUUUGCUGAGCCCCGCGAGGAUGCUCCGAGCUUCCCUACCAAGUUUACUUUGCUGGCUUCUGCUGAUGAGGGGGGCCACGUGGUCAUGGCAGUUGGGGGCACUUUCCCAGUGCAGGCUCAGGAUUUGCCUGGAAUACGGCCCAUAGCUCUCCAGCUGUCUCGCGACUGUCGAUGCCUGGCAGUGCUGGGAUGCACUCCUUCCUUGGAGCCUUCAAGUGCUGCCACUUCCUCGGUUAGUUCAGGGUCGGAAGGUGACCUGACAGUCCUGAUUCUCGACGUCCGGAAGCUGGCUAUCCGCCGGCGGGAGCUUUCUCAAUGUGCUGCCCUGGUUGAACGGCUUGCAGGCGUUGCAAGCUAUGCUCAGCAAGCAGUCGAUACCCUCGCCAACGUGUGGAGGAGCGCAGCAAGCACGUUUUCGAACAAGCUGAAGGCAUUCUUUGACUGCCUCCAGGCCUACUCUGGAGGACCUGACACAGAUGUCCAUUCCGAGUUGCUCUUCACCCUGUGCACAGGCAACCCCUCAGAUGCCCUGCAUGCCUUCUUGACUAGGCAGACGACGCCACAGCAGCUUUCCAGAAUAGAGAAGGGCCUGAUGCAGGCCAUCGAGUACGUCAACCUGGUGACGUGCACCCGCUUGCAGGUGGCUGUGCAGCACCUGCUCGCUAUCAUCCAGGACCUGAAGGCUUGCAGCGGCACACAGCGGUUCAAGUCUAUCGGCUUGGAUAAUGGCCUCUUGUGCCAGCUGGACACGCAAACCUUGUCCUUUGCUUCCAUGACUGAGCACUUGUUGCUGGACUGCUCAAAGGCAAGGUGCUUUGUACGAACUCUCUUCCAGCUGCUCCUCUUCCAAGCGCAGAAGCUGACAGAAAGCACUGAGGGGACGCCCUCGAACAGGCCAGACAGCAAAGCAAUUAGCAGCGCUGACAUCGAUGACUUCGUGGCAGCCGUACGAGAGCGGCGCUCUUUAGAGCUUGAGGAAGUGACACGUCGCAUCGGCAAAGCACAGGCAACUGACGAAGAGUCCUUGGUCACGCAGCUGGCGACCCUGACGGCUGCGGCAGAAGGCUUAGGAACGCAGCUUUGCGCUGCGAUGGCCCGGCACAGCCAGGUGCUGGUAGAGCAGCGCUUGCGUCUGGCGCCACCUUGGCAGAGCCUUCGGCCAGAGCAUCGGCCUGAGGUUCGGCCAGAGCUGGCUCGGAGUGGCGCGAGCCCCCGCGGAAUGGCACGGCCCGUGGUGCACAUGGCCUGGGAGGAUCGAGAAGUUAAGGAAGACUCUGACCAAGCGCUGGCAGAGACCCUUCCAGAGCAGCUGCGGCUCUUCUGGUGCGAUGGCGCAGAGGGCGGGGCCCAGCUUUGCUUUGCUCGACUCCGCAUUGAAGUCCGCGCACGCGGAGCGCCAAUCCAGCCAGAAUUAGCAAUGGCCAGACUGAAGGCUGAUGCAGCUGGGGCAGGUCACUUCCUGCUAUGUCGCGGCUAUGACGCGACACGUGUAGCAGUGCUUCUGCAAGAUGCCCAACAGAUGACGACGCGGGUCUGUUUGCUUGACCUGGAAGCGGUUCCUUUCAGAACUGACCCGCCAGUGAUGCUGACAGAGCUCACAGAGCAGGAUGCCGUGCGCCAAAGUGCGCCGCUGCCUGAGAGCUACUGGUGUGCCUCUGCGAUGCGCGUCAUGAGUCAGAGGGGCGUGUGCUCUGUCUAUUCCUGGAGAGCCAGGAGGCUCCUCACGCUCGACAUGGACGCUGAUGAGGACGACAUGGAUGAUGAUUAA